AUAUGUUUGCAUUUAGAGAAUAAAGUGAAGUCAAAUAUGGAAGAGUCUUCCAAGGCUUCCACCUCUUCUCUUAGCUUUAUAGUUGAGCAAGUACAAGCAGAACCAGAGCCUCCUCACGAGGCUGUGUUUCUCGUCUUAGCUUACCUUCCAGUGUACGAGCUUCUAGUCAUGUCUCAAGUUUGCACAUCACUAAGGGAUGCAGUGAACGAUGAUGUAUUGCCAUGGCUCAAUGUUAUUGUCGAAAGGCCUCUGAAUUCGAGACUCUCUGACGAGAUUCUAAUGAAAAUAACCUCCAAGGCCAAUGGUAGGCUCAAAACUUUGGCUUUGAUGAACUGCAUCCACAUUACCGAUGAGGGGCUCCAAAGGGUCGUAGAACAAAACCCUCUCAUAAACAAGCUCCAUAUACCAGCAUGCACUAGCUUAACCCCUGAAGGAGUUCUAUGUUCCGUGAAAACGCUGUGCCAAAUGAGCAACUGCUUAAGCACCUUAAGUUUAAACGGCAUCUACAACCUGCAGAAGGAGCAUCUUGACAUGCUUGCCUUGAACCUCAGAAAGAACCUGCAUUUAGGGGAGCAACAACCGCAGCAGCCUAUCUACUAUCAUGAACGUGGUAGCAUUUCAUUAUUUAAGCAAGAAGAAAGCCACCGGAUUAUUGAUUUGGAGAUAUGUCCCAAGUGCUUUGAGGUGAGGAUGGUUUAUGAUUGCCCCAAAGGGAUGUGCAAGAUGAGGGAAUGGCCCCUAGCUCAUUGUAGGGGAUGCAUAUUUUGUAUUCCAAGGUGUGAAAACUGUGGUGAAUGUAUUGGAUCCGAAGAAGCGGAAGAGGGUGCCUGUGGAGAUAUCUUGUGCCUUGAAUGUUGGUUAAAGCUUCCCAAGUGCAGUUUCUGUAACAAACCAUACUGUAAGCAACACACAAGUUGGUGGUGCACUUCUUCAGACUCUUUAUUCCUCUGUAAAGUUUGUGAUGAAAAUUCUCAUGGAUAUACUUACACUGAUGUUCUGUAAUGAAGUGUUAAGCUCAUGAUAAGCUAAAUUAUCAUGCCUCGCACUAUGUAGUUUUGUUGUAACUUGUAUAUAAAGAUUAUAGCACUAUAGAAAUUAUUGCUGAU